AACUAAUGCAACAGAGAAAUUUACAAUUGAGGCAGAGGGUCUCCAUUGUCCACAGAGACAAACAAAGAAUCCGAAUUGGACGUAGGCUUUGAGCGACCAGCGGCUCAUUUUGAGCUCCCUCAGCCUUUCCAUUUCGUUGAGGCGUUCCCGUCUGGGAUUGGCAGGCACUUUUGUUAAUUUCAGUAGCAGAGUCUCGUGUUGAAUAUACCAAUGGCUUGUUCGUUUAGUUUGCCAUCAACAGGCCUCCAUAAAUUUGGAUUGAGUCCUCAAAGCAGAGUUUCGCACAUGAAAUAUGGAGUUUUCACUUUGAGAUCCUCACCUGGGUUUCUUCGUGUCCGGGCUGUGCAAGAGAAUGGAGGGUCCCGCAGACUAGUUGAUAUAAUCAGAACCGUGCCAGAGCUCUCGAGGAACUACUUUCGAAGUCCAUCUCGUAGGGCUCUCUUUGGGGGAAUAUCUUUGUUGGGUGGGUUUUAUGUUGCCCAAACAAUAUCUCUGUCAUUUGGAGCUUUAGGAGUCAAUGAUGUUAUUGCUGCAGUUGUGUGUGUUCUCCUGACAGAAUAUGUAACCAAAUUUUAUUACAGCAGACCAAAAGUAACAUUCCCCGUUGCUCUUCUCAACAAUUUCAAAAUGGGAUUCACUUAUGGUCUGUUCAUAGAUGCUUUUAAGCUUGCCAGUUAGUGCCAUAUAAAAAUGGUAUUGACGAGGACCUUUUUGGCUAUGUAAAGUUCUCCAUUCUCUGUUUAUAUUGAUAUUUAGAUUAAAAGAUGCAUUUUU